AUGGAUUUAUUUUGCCAAAAGUUACCGAAGCUUGAACUUCACGCGCAUUUAAAUGGAUCAGUGUCACAAAAAACUAUUCGCAAAUUAAGUGAAUUAAAUAAUAAAAAUUUUAAUGAUGAAUUAAGUAAAAUUGAUUCUUCAGUUUCUUUAAAAGAAUGUUUUAAAAUAUUUGAUAUUGUUCACUCGCUAACUAACACAAUUGAAGCAUUAUUUAUCACAACCUGUGACGUAAUUAAUGAAUUUAAUGAUGACAAUGUAAUUUACUUGGAGCUGAGAAGCACUCCAAGGUAUGUCGAGGGUAAAAUGACUAAAAAUGAGUACAUUGACACCAUCAUUAAAGCUAUUGAACAUUCAAAAAAAACUACUCCAGGUAUCACAGUAAAGCUCCUAGUUUCAGUGAACCGCAAAAACGGCUUCAAAGACGCCGAAGAAAAUAUAAAACUAGCCAUUGAGUACUACAAAAAAUAUCCAGAGUGUCUCGUAGGGAUUGACUUGAGCGGAGAUCCAACUCAAGGAGACGCUUGCUUAAAUUUACUAAAGAGUGCCAGAGAUGUUGGGCUUAAAAUUGCAGCUCAUUGCGCUGAGGUUCCAAAUGAGAAAGAAGUAAUGGAUAUUUUGGACUUUAAACCGGACAGGUUGGGUCACUGUACAAAUAUUCAUCCAAAUUUGAGCGGAAGCUUAAAAUUGUUUAAUAAGCUUAUUGAAUCCAAAAUACCAGUUGAAUUAUGUCUUACAUCAAAUCUAAAAUGUAAAACAGUCCCUUCACUAUCAGAGCAUCAAUUUUCAUAUUUAUACCGAGCGAAUCAUCCGCUUUGUCUUGCAACUGACGACAAGGGAGUAUUUAAUACGACACUAUCUCAAGAGUACAAAUUAGCCGCUGAUACAUUUAACUUGACAAAAGAAGAUUUGAAAAAAUUGGUGAGGUCCUCAGUGGACUUUGCGUUCAUCAGCGAGCAAGAAAAAGAAAAAUUACUAGCCACCAUUGACAAUAAGUUAACUAAUAUAAAAUAA